GUUACGUUACAUGCUCAAAAUGGCCUUAGCCGUCUCCUUACGGCGUGCUCUUCUAAUGCUUCUGUCAGUAACUGUUUUUAUACUUAUGGUUUUAUAUUGGAACCAAGACGUUAUAAAACCGCAAACUUUUUCAAACAUCUUAGAGAAAUCAAUGAGAACUCAUGUUGACUUUCAUGAAUUUCCUUUACCAACAGAAAAAAUGUGGACAUACAAAUGUGAAGGGGACAGAUGUGUGCGUUACCAUUACUUCACAGUUGGAAAUGGAGAAAAGCGUGUUCCAUUUACAACAUGUGCAAUGACUUGUAGCGAUAUUAACAUAUGGCCACAUCCAACAAUUAAAACUGGAAUUAGUUCAAAAUCAUUAAAAUUCUCAGUUGAGGUUGUAAGACUGCAUCUGGACACGCCAUUUGUUGGUGUGCAAAAUCUCUUCAGAGAAGUGUUUGCAUUAUUUUUAAAAGACUUACGACAUAUUCAGAGACUGGAAUAUCAAGAUUCCGACACAACAACAAGCGAUGAUGAUCCUAACGUUGUUGCACAGCGACAUAGGCGGCAUCAAUUCGACAUGGACAGAGUUCUAAUGAAGAAAACAGCUGAAAAUAUAGCCACUGCCGCUAUUCUCUCAAAUGCGUUUAACUUACGAAAACACUGUGAUAUUGAUGACCUAAAGAUAAACGUAUCUAUACGUAAAUUUCCAGAUAUUAAUUUAAAUUUUGAAACUGAUGAGAGCUAUCAGCUUCACACAAGUUUGGAAAAACGUCAAUUGAAUGUGCACAUCACUGCCAAUUCAUUUUUUGGUGCACGUCACGGACUUUCUAGUUUACAACAGCUUAUAUGGUAUGACGAUGAAGAUGACCUCCUUCGUAUACUUUCCAAAGCUAUAAUUAUAGAUGCACCUAAAUUUCGUUAUCGUGGUCUGAUGUUAGAUACUUCACGUCAUUUCUUUAGCAUAGAUGCUAUAAAACGAACUAUAAUAGGCAUGUCCCACUCAAAACUGAAUCGUUUUCACUGGCAUAUGACAGAUUCACAAAGCUUUCCAUAUAUUUCUAAACAUUAUCCGGAACUAGCAGCAAAUGGUGCAUAUUCAGAUCUUGAAACCUACACAGAUGAUGAUAUACGAGAAGUUACCGCUUUUGCUAGAUUACAUGGUGUGCAAAUAAUACCCGAAAUCGAUGCACCAGCUCAUGCUGGCAAUGGUUGGGAUUGGGGUCCAAAACGUGGUCUUGGUGAUUUAAGUUUAUGUAUAAAUCAACAACCUUGGAGUUUUUAUUGCGGUGAACCACCAUGUGGGCAACUUAAUCCAAAAAACAACAAUACAUAUCUCGUAUUACAACGUCUUUACGAGGAAUUACUUAACUUAACUGGACCAACAGAUUAUUUUCAUUUGGGUGGUGAUGAAGUGAAUUUAGAAUGUUGGAGUCAGUAUUUCAACGAUACUGAUCUGCGAGGUCUUUGGUGUGAUUUCAUGUUAAAUGCGAUGACCAGAUUAAAAAUUGCUAACAAUAACGUUGAACCGAAAAUUGUAACGGUAUGGUCAAGCGGUCUCACAAAUACUAAAUGCUUACCAAAAAGACAAUUUGCUGUACAAGUAUGGGGCGGCAGCACGUGGCAAGAAAAUUAUGACCUACUUGACAAUGGCUUCAAUGUUAUAUUCUCACAUGUCGAUGCUUGGUAUUUAGACUGCGGUUUCGGCAACUGGCGUUCAACAGGUGAAGGUGCUUGUUCACCUUAUCGAACUUGGCAAAAUGUUUACAAACAUCGGCCUUGGGAGCGUAUGCGUUUGGACAAAGCGCAGCGGAAACAAGUGCUGGGUGGUGAAGUUUGCCUUUGGACGGAACAAGUUGAUGAAGGUCAAUUGGAUAAUCGGUUAUGGCCGCGUAGUGCUGCACUAGGAGAAAGAUUGUGGUCAGAUCCAGAUGAUAAGCAUGAAUUAGAUAUUGUGCCACAGGAUGCAUUCAGACGUAUUUCAAUAUUCCGCAAUCGUUUGGUGGAAUUGGGUCUUAAAGCUGAACCAAUUUUUCCAAAAUUUUGUGCACAGAAUCCUGGCGAAUGUAUUUGAUAUUAUUUUUAAGUUUUACAUCCCGUUAACAUUUACUAAACAUCCAGUUACAACUAUUUUCACUCGCAACCAAAAACUUCUUAACACUCCUUCUUUAUUAGUUUGAAUUACUGUUUUUGUUAAUCAUUAACAAGAAAUUAAGCCACCUUUUAGAAAUACUAAGAAAAAUUCAGUUAAGCAUAUAAACACAAAAAACUGAACAAAUGGUUUCCAUAUUAGAUCUUACCACACACACAUAUAUACUUUAUAUAUCA